UCAGUAACGCGUUGAUCAAUGUUUACUGCACAGCUACACGAAUCUGACCUCCUGAGCUGGAAGACUAAAAUGUCCACUUAGAUAAUAUUUCCGUUCUUGGUCGUGCGCUAAACUUAAAUAUACAGAUGCGUUUUCCUGAUUGGGAAUACAUCGUGGUUGCACGUUUAUGUUUGGUAUAAACGCUGUUGUUGUUUUUAAUUGUAACAAGAGGAUCUACGAGAUCUCAACGACAGCAUGAGAGAAUCGGCUCUUUUCAUAUUGCUCACUGCAGUAAUCCAUAUUACUACAGCUGACAAUAACGAUGACUGUCAAGCGCUGAACUUCGGCCAUGGUUCGGUUGCUUGCGAGUGCAAUGCGACAUACUGUGACUCUAUUGGCCGGGUUAGACUGCCUGAACCGGGCCAGUUCUUGCAAUUCCUCAGCAGUAAAUCUGGCAGCAGACUCUUGAAGAGUCAAGGCCAGUUCCAGAAGAACAGCACAGGAGCAGCUCUCAGAAUCACUCUGAAUCCCACUCAAAAGUACCAGCGCAUCAAAGGAUUUGGGGGAGCUAUGACAGAUGCAGCGGCCAUUAACAUCCUCUCACUGUCUCCUGGAGCACAGGACCAGCUGCUCAGACAGUACUUCUCACCAGAGGGAAUAGAAUACAGUUUUGUGAGAGUGCCGAUGGCCAGUUGUGAUUUUUCAACUCGCCUCUACACCUACGCUGACUCUCCAGGGGACUACGAACUCCAAAACUUCACCCUGGCAGAUGAGGAUAUUCACAUGAAGAUUCCCCUGCUGCAGUGGGCACAGGCUCUCUCUGCUAGGCCACUGUCACUGUUUGCCAGUGCCUGGAGUGCCCCCGCCUGGUUAAAGACCAAUGGUGCGCUAAUUGGGAAGGGCACCCUCAAAGGCAAGCCAGGAGGCAAAGAGCAUAAGUCCUGGGCACAGUACUAUAUUAGAUUUCUUGAGGAGUAUGGCAAGUAUAAUCUUUCAUUCUGGGGGUUGACAUCAGGGAACGAGCCUACUGCAGGCCAAAUUACAAAUUACAGUUUUCAGGCUUUGGGUUUCACGCCUGAGUCACAACGCGACUGGAUUGCCCUGGAUCUGGGUCCUGCGCUCCAUUCCUCAUCCUUUGCCAAGACCCGCCUGAUGAUCCUUGAUGACCAGCGACUUCUGCUCCCACACUGGGCCAAAGUGGUUCUGAGUGAUGUACAAGCUGCACGCUAUGUCCAUGGCAUUGGUGUCCACUGGUACUUUGACCAUAUUGUGCCGGCUGACAUCUCCUUGGCAACUACACACCACCUCUACCCAGAAUACUUCUUGUUUGCAACAGAGGCGUGUGCUGGAUGGAAUACAGUAGACCGUGGUGUGCGUCUUGGCAGCUGGGGCAGAGCAGAGGACUAUGCACAUGAUAUCAUAGAGGACAUGAAUAACUAUGUGACAGGAUGGACAGACUGGAACUUGGCCCUUGAUCCAGGUGGUGGGCCAAAUUGGGUGAAGAACUUUGUGGACAGUCCCAUCAUAGUGGACAAGAGUAAAGAUGUCUUUUACAAGCAGCCCACAUUCUACAGCAUGGCCCAUUUCAGCAAGUUCCUUUGGGAGGGUUCACAGAGAGUGGGUGUUUCCGUAAGCCACAGCACUGUCCUGAAAAUAUCUGCCUAUAUCAGACCAAAUGCAUCAGCAGUAUUAAUCAUUCUCAACAGGUCUGAUGAGGAGGUGCAGUUUGAGGUUUGGGAUCAGACACUGGGCUUUUUACUGGGAAAUGCCCCACCUCACUCCAUCCUCACACUACUAUGGAGCAGACCCUGAAUGAUGGCAACCAAACAUUGGGUCAAUUCCCCCAUUUAUGCAC